GCCGUAAGGAGGAAGGCAUGGGGUGUACGUCCUCUCUGCGCUAGGGAGUUGAUCCGACGGGAGGUGCUAGGGUCACGUGACGACACUGCCGGCGGAGAGGGGAGGGGGCGGGCUCGGGACGGAGGGGCGGGGCGACUCGUUUUCCUUUCGGGCCACGCGCGGCCGGAAGUGGUGGUCGCUGUGGAGAAUUCGGGAUGGGGACCUCCCUGGACAUCAAGAUUAAAAGAGCGAAUAAAGUUUAUCAUGCCGGGGAAAUGCUCUCCGGUGUGGUGGUCAUAUCUAGUAAGGACUCAGUCCAGCACCAGGGAGUGUCUUUGACAAUGGAAGGCACUGUAAACCUCCAGCUCAGUACCAAAAGUGUGGGUGUGUUUGAAGCUUUCUAUAAUUCUGUUAAGCCUAUCCAGAUUAUCAACACCACCAUAGAAAUGGUGAAGCCGGGGAAAUUUCCCAGUGGGAAAACAGAAAUUCCUUUUGAAUUUCCUCUGCAUGUGAAAGGCAACAAGGUUCUGUAUGAGACUUAUCAUGGCGUGUUUGUCAACAUUCAGUAUACACUGCGCUGUGAUAUGAGGCGGUCUCUGUUGGCCAAGGACUUGACAAAGACCUGUGAAUUCAUCGUUCACUCAACUCCUCAGAAGGGGAAGUGGACUCCAAGUCCUGUGGACUUCACCAUCACACCUGAAACCUUACAGAAUGUCAAAGAGAGAGCCUUGCUCCCCAAAUUUCUCAUCAGAGGACAUCUUGACUCCACUAACUGUGUCAUCACGCAGCCACUAACAGGAGAGCUGGUGGUGGAGACCUCGGAGGCCGCGGUCCGCAGCAUCGAGCUGCAGCUGGUGCGUGUGGAGACCUGCGGAUGUGCAGAAGGCUAUGCCCGCGACGCCACAGAGAUUCAGAAUAUUCAGAUUGCCGAUGGGGAUGUCUGUCGGAGCCUCUCUGUCCCCAUACACAUGGUCUUCCCCAGGCUGUUCACCUGCCCUACACUGGAGACUACCAACUUCAAAGUGGAAUUCGAGGUAAACAUCGUUGUGCUUUUUCAUGCUGAUCACCUCAUCACGGAGAACUUCCCACUGAAGCUUUGCAGGACAUAGGCCACAAGGAGAGAAGUACAGAGCAUGGGAGUGGCCAUGUGGAAAUCCAGCUGGUUCUCUGACUUUUACAGGGAGCCAAAGCCGGCAGCACAUACUUGUUUUUGUGAUUAUUCUGUAUCAGAAAUGAAUCUGACUCUUCAAAUUAUAGUUACUCUUCCUCAUUUCCUCAAGGCUCCUACUUCCAACAGGUACUCUAAUCAGACCUUUUAUUUGAAAUUCAACAGGAUUGCUUACUGCUGUUUGCAAGAUCAUUUCACUGGAAACACUUCCUAUGGCUCCUGACUCACCUGUUCCUUUCUAGAUUCAGUAAAGCAGUUGUAACAGCAGUUUGAGCUUUGCUGGAAAGUGAGAUCAUAGGGACAAUAGGAACCUCUCUCCAGCUUGCUAAUGGAUGUGGCCAAGACUCCCGACAGCAGAGGGUCUGUGGCCAGGGGACAUCCAGUACGGCUGCAGGUGUACUCAUUGCUUAUGAAGUUUGUUGUAGAUACCCACCACAGAGGAGUGCAAGUGGCAACUGCAGGAAAUGUGGAGCUUUUUUCUCCUACUCUAUUCUCUAGUUCUUUUAUAACUUUUUUUUACUAUAACUUCACGUUUUUAGAGAACCGGGAAAAAGUAUUCCUUGCUCUCACAGGAGUGAGGGGAUAUGGUAUUGAUGGCUGGUGCUAGAGUCUUUCUGAAGCCUGAAGAACUGGCAUAAAACCUCAUGCUGCCAGAUUCCCAGAAUAUAUUUAAAUGCAAACUUAUGUCAGGGGGGAAAAAUGUAUGUUUGUUCCUGUUGUUAAUGGGUGGAUUCUGAAUGCCAGAUCAGUGCCCAGGGUGCGUGGAUGAAGGCCCCUCUCCACGGGGUGGUCCCAGGAAAAUGACCCUGACUUGAUGAGUUUGCCUGUCUCUAAUCUACCCGUGUGACCUGGUUUUGAGCCAGUGUCUUCCCUCCGCCUCCCAUCGUGGCUCACAGCGUAUGUCGAGUCCGUGGUGAUACAUUCCUCCUUCAAAUCCUGCCAUUGUUUUGUUGGCCCACAAUUAAUGAGACCUCCAAAUAAGACAUGCUGCUGUGCACACUAACUGGACUUCUUCAUAGCUGCUCCUUCUGGCUAGGCCUGGGCAAGGCAGGCUCUAUGUACGUUGUCCCAUCAUGACAUUUGGUGACAUGUGAUGCUGAGGGUGAACAAACCUGAUUUAGGCACUGUUUUAUCCUAGGGCUUCACUAGUGAAACUGAUAAAGCUUAUUAUCUGAGUCACUUGAAAGUUGGUUCUCAGAGAAUACAUUUCUGGUAUAUAUACCAAGUGUCCUUUUGUGCUCACAUGACAUUAAUAAUUACCUGUCCUUGAUGAUGUGUUUAAAACAAGUAGCAGAAAAUAAAGAGGCCAUACUUCCUGGGCAUUUUUAAGGAA